AUGUCUUUUCCACCUGGUCUCGCAUACCUUUUCCGUAACUUGCCCAACCUUUUGCUCCCGCCCGCCGUCGUGCUUGUCGCGAACCUCGCAGUUCGUGAAAUGUAUGGGCUAAUAGUACCCAUCUGGUUAUUCACUUUGGCAUGCAUCUUCUCGUUCCCGCUUGCUCUGUUCGUCGUUGUGCAGUGGACCGACUACGUGGACAGGCGUGAUGCCGCUGCGCAUGGCGCAGUGCUCCCUCCCAUUGUGAAGGCCAAGCUUAUAGCAGGUCUUGAUAUAUUGUUGGAACAGAAGCGUACCUUCCAGCGCAAGUUGAUCGCGGAUAUGUUGUUUGACUUUAGUGAGACCUAUGGCAACAUCUUCAUACGUCGCGUGUUCUACGAGAACAAGGUUUUCACUUCCGAGCCCGAACAUAUCAAGAUUGUUCUAGCUACUCACUUUCCGGGAUUUGAGAAAGGUCAGAGCUUUCGUGGGCAGAUGCAGAGUCUGUUGGGAACGGGCGUAUUCAAUUCGGAUGGCGAGAUGUGGAAGUUCCAUCGCGCUAUGACUCGGCCUUUCUUUAGCAGGGAUCGCAUCAGGCACUUUGAGAUCUUUGACAGACAUGUCGACGAUGCAUUCAAGCAAAUGCGGGCACGUCUCAGCGAAGGAUAUGCUGUCGACUGGCAGGAUCUCGUAUCCCGGUUUACGAUGGACUCCGCGACGGAGUUUCUCUUCGGGCAAGACGUGCGCUCGCUCUCUGCGGGCCUGCCGUACCCGCCUACCUCCCCCCUCUCCCAGCAGCGGGCGCACCCCUCGGACCGGUUCAGCCGCUCGUUCUUCGGCGCGCAACUGCAGAGCGCGCUCCGUUCACGUUUCCUCGGAAUCUGGCCCCUGUUUGAGUUCUGGGAGGACCAGGUGAAGAAGCACGUGGUCGCCAUAGACGAUUUCAUCAAGCCUGUCCUUGAGAAUGCACUCCGCGAGAAGGACCAGAAGAAGGACCAGGGUGUAGACGAUACGACGCUCCUGGAGCAUCUGGUGAAUCUCACGGAUGACUCCCAAAUCAUCCAGGAUGAGAUCCUCAAUAUCCUGCUGGCUGGACGUGACACUACCGCGGCAACGCUGACGUUCGCCGUGUACAAGCUAGCCCAGCAUCCACACAUCCUCCGGCGGUUGCGCCAAGAGGUCCUUGCCGAGGUUGGCACAUCAAGGCGCCCGACUCACGACGACAUCCGUGAGAUGAAGUUCUUGCGUGCUUUCAUCAACGAAACAUUACGUCUAUACCCACCCGUGCCGUUUAACUUCCGAUCAACCAUCAAAGGCACUGUGCUGCCAUCGAUGAUUCCUGGCGAGAAACCGUACUUCCUACCGGCUAAUACAAGAUUCCAGUACUCGGUAUUCGUGAUGCACCGGCGGAAGGAUCUAUGGGGCCCAGACGCAUUGGAGUUUGACCCUGACCGCUUCCUCGACCAGCGGCUGCACAAGUAUCUCACGCCGAACCCCUACAUAUUCCUCCCCUUUAAUGCCGGUCCCCGCAUCUGCCUUGGUCAGCAGUUUGCUUAUAACGAGGUAUCCUUCAUGCUCGUGCGCCUGCUGCAACAGUUCGUGGGUGUCAAGCUCGCGCUGGAGGCCAGUCCAGGUUCGCUCCCGCCUCCUGGCUUCGUGGAUUCUCGGGGCUCGAAUGGGGAAGACGAGGUGUUGUUCACGACGCAUCUGACCAUGUACGUUAAAGACGGGCUGUGGUUGAGAAUGGACGAUGCAACCGCCUGUUGA